UAGUCAACAAACGUCAAAAAACACUACCUUUAAUAGGAACUACAUUUAAAUAGGCGUGAAUCUUCCAUGAAUAUGGUACAUUUCACUGUCCCACCUCAGAGUUCUUGACAUUCUUAAACGUAUCCAACAAUUAAAAUUAUACAACGUCAUAGUUUUGACAUAAUCUGUUAAAUUGAUCAACAUAACUAUUGUUCAUAACUAUUAACUAAUAUUAAUUUCUAAAAACGUAAUGUUUAGCUAUUUCCCACAUUUUGCACGCAAUCCUGUUAUCACAUUAUUUUCCCACAUUACAAAUUGUGACACCCAAGAAGUACCAUCAUUUGGACCCUUUGGUAGGAAGACCAAACUUUCUCAAUUUUCACAUAAAUUGUAGGGCUGAUUGCAUUCAUCAAGCUCAACCACUCAUCCCUGUUGCCAAAGUGAUUGAAAAAAAAAAAAAAAAGAUCAAAAUAUUUUUCUUUAAUUCAUGGGAAAGAAUAGUUUAUCAGUUACUAUAAACCAACAUUUGGUCCCAAACUAGCUGGCUCUCACUGAGUGCUAAUUUAAUUUACACUAAAUCUGUCAUAUUAAGUCGUAUUAUCUUUAUUUAAUUUCUUUUUAGUUUGAUCAAUUUUGUUAAUUUAAUUAGUAAACUAGUUUCAGACCCUAUUUUAAACCCUAUUUGUGGAAAGUCCCAGUUACAAUUCAAGGGCAAGGUGUAUGUUUUAGGGAAGGUAGUUUAAAAUUUAAAGAGGUAAUACAAGUAUGUCAUGGUGACAAGGGGACAACUUACAGUAGUAUUUGAUGGACACUCUAUUGUGCAUCAUGGAAUAGUCUAUAAGAAUUUGGAAAACCUAGUGAGCUGCAUCGCAGUCUACAGGCAGCUGCCUUCUAAGGAAGCAUCUUAAAGGAAUAUUCCAGGUUCAGUACAAGUUAAGCUCAAUCGGCCACAUUUGUGGCAUAAUGUUGAUUAACACAAAAAAUAAUGUAAACUAUAUUAUAAUGUAACUAUGCUACAAAUGCUUGUACUGAACCUGGAACAUUCCUAUAAAGGGGUCAUGACAUGCCUUUUUUAUUAUUUUAAUAUGUUUCUUGAGGUUCACUAAUAAUUUUAGUAAAGUUCAUUGCACAAAAAACCGUCAUGACUGUGGGGCAGUGGGCCCUGAUGUGUUGUUAUGGAGGCAGUCAGAUGCAAAUGUCUACCACAUUGUGACAUCACAAUGUGCAGGAAGUAGAGAAUGAGUCCUUUUGGCAACUUGGUUUCAACAAAUGCCCUUUUUGCUGUGAAGAGGAAGUUUUGAGUUCUGAAACUUACAGUAUGUUUUUAUAGUACAAUGACCUCUUAUAUGUUAAAAGAUCAAGGAAAAUUUGAUUCCUCAUGUCAUGACCCCUUUAACUGAAAUAUAUAGCAACUCACUGGGCUUUCAAACAGAGUCACUGAGACAUCAUAAGAUAGUCAAUGGUGAUAAGAUGGCAUUUGAAAAGGGUUAUAAGAAACUAAUGACAGUAUUCUUAUUUUCUAUGUUUUUCUGUUGUUUCUGUACCCCUUCUCAUUUCUCCAUAUUUGAAUGAAUUCCUAUUACUGGUAUGUGUGCUCAUGGUGCCGCCAUUCCCCACUCGCAUGGCUUCAACCAAACCUUUCUCAUUCUGGAAAUACUCCAUACUCUGUCUACUCGAUCUAUUCCACUCCCUGCUUCACUGUAGGCAAGGACGGGCCAGAGGCAGCUUUACAGCCAGUAGCACACGCCCGUCCCCGCAGUGAAUUUCAUGCACCUCAGACAUGUGGCCCCUCCCCUCCUACCUGCAAACACAGCAGGACUAGAGCAGGCAGGAUACAUUCAGCACAUCCCAGCCCUGCCUCCAUCUGUGCCCCUCUUGACCCUGCCUCCUUCUCUCACCUUGACUCAGUAGAAGUGAAUGUGUUGUUAAGCGAGCGGGGCUCAUGCUCGUGUAGUGACUGCAGCAUGGAUGAGAGCUGGUUUGUCACCCCUCCCCCCUGUUUUACUGCAGAAGGAGCAACGGCGGAGACCAGCCCCUUGGAGGACCUGCUUAUCGAGCACCCCAGCAUGUCCGUUUAUGUCUCGCCCGGCCACCUCCCCGCCAUGGAGGAGAGCGCCACCAGCCUGGCUGGCACUGUCAGUAGGAUGUCUGAAUCGGCAGUGUCAGCUAUGACCAGGAGCAGCACAGCCACCCGGGUGACUCGAGGAGCAGCUGCACAGGCCGGUGCUCUGGCUAAAGUCACCCAAGUCUCCAGGGUCCAGAAGGCCAAAGCCCGCACUGAGCGUCGCCACCUGACACGCAAUCGCAUGCAGCGCCAAAACCGGGUGCUUGAACAGGUCCAACGGCGCGUGGCCCAUACCCGCAACUCCUUUCUGCACCAACCGUGCCAGCGCAACUUCUGCCACUGAGGCAUCAAAAGUUUACAUGGAGGGCAUUAGUACAUCUAGACACCCCUGGAAACCCACUUCGCCCAACAUAUACCCUUUCCCAAUUGCCCUCGUUAAUGUCCUUAUGCUUCUUUUGCUUGUACUGGUUUUAUUUCCACCAUGCUGUUCAGUUUCAUUGUAAUCAGGUUUGUCUAGCCCAUGUGUUGAGCACAAGUCAGUUUAUGUGUCUCCUCUUAUCUGGCAGCCUAUCACCAGGGGAGGAUCCAUAUUUUUGCCUAAGUCCCUUUAUGCUGCUUAAAUUAGAUCCUGAAUGUCAAACGCACACCAAAAGACGGAAGCUCAUCACCCUGCACACAUUUAAAGACUCACAGUUUCUUGUUUUCUGUCAUGAUUGUGCACACUUUCCACAACUUAUAAGACUAGCUGCAUCAAUUAAAAGAUCACUUCCCUACUGUAGUUAUGAUCAUGAUAUUUGUUCUCACAAAAACUUGUGCACAUAGCAAGUUAGCGACGCUAAAGUUCAUUCUUGAGAACUUGUCAACAAAGAACAUGGAGAAAGGGAUUGAGAUCUUUUUUGCACUGAUUUGCACAGAACGUAAAAAAGAACAAAGAGAAACUAAAUAUAUGGAUGAGACAGUGCUGAUUUAUAUUUAUUUAUUUAUUGCUUCCUGCUGCCUACUCUUUCACUCUGGCCAUUGUUACACUCUCACUUGUCCCGGAAGUGCGCACACCUGACAACUGGUUGGCCAGAUUUCAAACAAGUUUGAAAUGCAUCAUACCAUCUGAUUGUACUGUAUUGAGUAUCGCAAGAGUGCAAAUUAGUAGAGCAUCUUCAACGGACAUGUGCUGCGAGUUAGCUACGAUCUUGGGCAAUGAGCUUUAGUCUUGUAGUGUGCAUUUGGCUUAAAGCAAAAGUAGCAGUGAAUAUUGCUAAAAAAGGAGAUGCAUAGAAACUCUGUAUGCCGCUCUGCAUAUAACGUCCAUCUAAAUGUACAACACAGGACGUUGGGUUUGAGAUCUAGAUCUCAUAAAUUUUUUUGCUUUCAUUUUAGUGUCAGAACAUAAUAAUCUUAAGGUCAAUUUUUUUCUGCAAAUCGAAAGAGCAAACCAUUGAAAGCUUCGUAGAAACAUUACCUCUUUCUUUGUCUUUGGCUGGUGAGAUACACAGAUAUCCUGAGGAGAUAUCUGUGCAUCUCACCUACUAAGAUCACUUUUAUUAAAGCAACUAAUACAGGAACGGAAGGGUCGUCACUUUUGAAAAGAAGAAUGAAAAGUAGGUAGGGGAAGGUGCAAACAAGAAUUAAACAGAUUAACUCAGUUUACGAGCACAUUUGCAAAAGAGGUUUUUCAUAGUAUAUGUUGCAAUCUGAACAUUUUUAACAUUGCGGUGCUAACUAAGUUAUUGUGUGCUAUUUUAUGAGCUCUAGUGAAAUGCCAACCUUGACAGCAUUUAAAGGAUUGCACUCUUGACAUGAAGGUAUUCAGCAACCCUAUGCUGCCUUCUAAGGCACCUCAUUUUAGCUAGAUUCUAAGGGAGCAUUGCAUGUAGGCCUAUCCUUCAGUGGUUUUACGUCAUUAACAUAGCAAUAUGCUAACAGCAACGCUAUAAAAAAGCAUCAUACAAUGAUAAUUGUGGCAGGGAACAUGUUAAGAAUGUAAAUUAUGUCAUCGACAGUGGUUCACUUUUGCAAUUUAGGACGGAUAGCAUUCAAAUCAACUGUGAACCAUCCCAGAGUUCGCAUUUUGAGCGCUUCGGUACAGGAUGUUUCACUUUCUUGCGGGAGUGUUCCCUUGAGUGAUUUGUGUCUUCAAUAGAUGCCGUUUUUGCCAUAUUUCAGUGUCCGACCAGGGGGGAGCCCUUGAUCAUUUCAUCAUCAGUCUGUGGUGGUGUUUCUCCUUAAAAUGGGACAACAGGCAUCCUGUAUGGGGCGUCUAAAUUAUGGCCAAAAUAAGGGAUGUCCUGGCUAAAACGAGACAGUGGACAACCCUUCAUGAACCAUACCCCAGUCCAAAAAUUUCAAGCUGACUUAGGUGUUGUUUACUGUUUCCCAACUGUCCUGUAUUAGCUAGGAAGUUCCGUAUUCUGCCGAUUGUCCUGUAUUUGCCAGAUGGCAAAACUCUCGAGGGGGACCCCGUCCCGUAUUAAAGAGCUCAACAUUUUCAAGAAUUCCAUACUAUUUGUGUGGCGAAAAGUUGGCAAACUUACCAGAUCAACAUAACAAAACAAACUUUGAUGUCAAACGGACUCCAGUGCUUAACAAAAGCUUGUGAAAAAGAGUGUGAAAGCACUAUUAGAAGGCAGCUGCUGAUGUAGACAGCAUGCAACAAGGCAGCUCACUUGGUUUUGGAACUAUGGUCUUUUAGUUUGACAGGGAGGGUCCAUCAUGGACAUUACUGGUACUAUGCCAGUAUUAUAUUACUAAACAGACUUACUUACUGAUUUUCAGAGAUCUUCUAGGGAUGUACCCGUAGCUGAUUAGCAUUCCCUGAAAAUUGUUAUGUAAAGCUGAAAUAUCAUUGCCUGGUAACGUCUCAUUUCAAAAUGAAAGAUCAUAGGGCAGUGUGCAAUACAGGUCACAUUUGCAACAUUUAGAACUGAGGAGAGCUUGCCGUGGGUUAGAGAUUUUAGUGGUUUAUAGAAAGUGAGGGACAGUAUAGAUUGUGACUCUAUAUUUACUUUAUGGAGGAUUCUUGAUGUGUGAAUUUUACUAAACAUGUCAUGGUCAUAUUACACCCCAAAAUCUGAAGAACAAAAUGAGAAAAUAUAUAUUGCUUAAAGGAAAUGUAGCUUAUUUUUAGGACCAUUAAGAUUUUUUUAUUGUUAUAAUAUUUUCAUGAUAAAUAAGGCACACACCCGCAAAUUCUGAUUACUGUCAAAAAUAAUGAUAUUGAUUACUGUAAAAAAAUAAAAAAAUAGAAAAAAUAAAAUAUAUAUAUAUAUAAUUUAAGUAUAUCAUAGAAUUUCAAUAUACUAUUUAAAAUUAUUAUUUAAAUAUAUAUUAUUUACAUCAUGGUAGUAUUUGUCACUGGUUUAAGUAAUAAAUAAAAAAUAAUAUAAAUAAAUUUGAUAAAUAAUUUAAUUUAAAAAAAUUAUAAUUGUGUUAUAGUACUUUUGUCUAAUAAAAAGGGGGAAUGCUUAUUUAUUGUAUUAAAAAAAAUCCAAAAAAUAUGCUUCAUUUUCUUCAUGCACAAUAUACAUUUUUUAUUUUAUUUUGGGGUGACCUAGACAUGUUUUCAUGUGAUUCACCCUGAAGCUCCACAAAGCAUUUGCCGUUCAUUUCUAUUGACAAAGAUGUUUCUAUCUUUCUAAGGUUCUGUGUUCAGCAGAUAAAGUUGUCCUUCACAAAAUGCUUGUGUAUGAAUCACUGUGACUGCACAGAUAAAGAAAGGCAAACAUUACAAACGUCCUUUUAGAGUCUAUUUAGAGUCAGUUAUCUGCAUUUCAUCAUACCAUCUCCAUAACAUCGAUAAUAAGAUUGUGCUCUACGUUUAUUGAACAUAUUAUAGUCUGAUGUUAAAUGUCUCACUUGAGAUAAACCCAGCACACAUACGCUCACAAUAACACAUCCUAAAAUGUGCUCUCCCUCAAUAGUCUGCAAACACUCGGCACAUUUACAGGAAACUCAUCCACCACAUUGUGAUCUAUCUUAUAUGUGUAUUCAGUCAUGAAUAAACUUACAAUGGUGCUGAAAGUAUAUAAAUAUUUGACUGUUUGUACAUUUUUGAGACUUUGAGAAGUGUGCACUCUUAUGUUUUAUGGAGAAUCAUGGUAUUUAGCAUAUGCUGUUUUUGUUUGCGAUGGUGAAUGAGAUGCCAACAUGCAUGAGUUGGGGAAAAAUAACUACCUUAAAAGGUACACAAUUAGUUGCAUUCAAAUGUAUAUAAAUGCAAUGCUUUUUGAACUUUGCAGUUCAGUGUCUGUGUUAUGUUUGUUUUGAAGAAUCACCUUCCUGUUAACAUGGUUACGUUUUUAUCGUUUGGUGCUCCAAAUACUUGAGUACACGUUCUUCGACUGGGUAUUUAACAAUACGAACCAACAUAUGCCAUGUUGUCAGUUCCACUGUCUGUUAGACAGUUUUCCUACUGUUUAAUCAUUUCAACAGUUCUUAUUGUAGUCUUUCCUAUCACCUGCCAAAAUCUGUACAACUAUUAUUGUAGUAGAUUAUCUAAAGCUAUCUAUUAACAAAAAAUGUAACUAUAAUGUAAAUGUAAAUAUGCUUUUAUUUCUUUGUUUCAUUUUAAAAUGGACUGUUUGUGCAUCAUCUUUACUCUACAGAGAGUGCAGUACGAAUGUCAGUGGUGUAUCUAGGAAAAUCCAAUGCCCUGUAGCCUUACAAGGGUCCUUAACAUCGUCCACUUAAAGGUCUUCUUCUAUUCACAUUCUAUAUUAACAUCUACUUGUUACUGGACGAGGCAAUAUUGCAAAAUGCACAUAAAACCAAUUAUCUCUUCGAAGAGAUCCACUGCUGUUGUUCAGCAUGACAGCUAGGCAGCGUAUAAUCUGUGUUGUUGUUGUUUUGUCUGUGUGUGUGGGGGGGUGUUGAAGUAUGAUUAAUUAAUUUGUGGGAUUAGAAUGAUGUCUGCAAACAAGUAUGUAUUUAUGUGACUUGAGGGUGGGGAGGAGGUUGAUUUAAAACAUGAAAUUAUAAAAAUGAUAACAAAAAGAAAAAUGCUUGUAUUUUCCCUUAUAGGCCUAUUGUUAUUAGAUUCACCUUAGUAACGAAGUACAAAUAGAGUAUUAAAAACUGAUUGGUGUAUAUGAUAUCUAUGGUGAUUGUGCCUUUCACUAUUCUGCAUGGCUUUCAUGAUGUGCCGUCUGUUUCAUCCAUGUGACAUUGGCAUCUGAGGCCUAUGCAAAAUACCAUGAUGGGUUUCCAGCAUCCGUUCAGAAAUGCAGGUACCAGAAAACAACAAUAAACACUCAGGAUGCAACUGCA